AAUAUCUACCGACAGUCUUUUAACUUCACACAUGCACAUAGAACAAAAAAAACAGUGUGCAGAAAAAUGGAGAGCAAGAAAGUGAUGACAGUGGCAGCCAUGGCUAUGGUGCUCAUCAUCCUUUUAUCAGCCAACAUGGACACCGCCGGCGUUGCUGCUCAGGGUCUCAAUUGCUAUGACAAUUGUAACACUGGCUGUGCUGGUCUCUCAUCGGAGGAGUACCUACGUUGUGAUAAGGAAUGCCGCGAAAGGUGCAAAGACGAAGGUUCAAUGGAGAAUUGGGGAAAAAGAAGAGAAAAAAAAAGAGAGUAAUGACUGUUAACGGAGAAUUGGGGAAGAAGAAAUGAAGAUUGAUUAAUGGAGAAUUGAGGAAGAAGAUAUGCAGAUUGAUUAAUGGAGAAUUGAAGGAAAAAAAAAUAAAAUUGAUUAAUUGAUAAAUAAAAUUAAAAGAAGAAUUUUAUUAAAAAAUAUUUUAAAAAAUGAAAUUAAACGUAUUUACACGUGGCAGCACCUGAAUGGCGCGUGCAUUGCACUCCCUUUGAUGUGACUGAAAUUCAGUGAAAAAUGAUAUAUUUGCAAAGGAAUAAAGAAGAAUCGUGGGGUAAUAGAUCGAAUUCAAAGUUUAAGUGUCUUUUUGAAAAUUUCGAUCAAUAUUAGGGGGUAAUUAUGUAUUUACUUGUUAUAAAAACAUGUUACGUGUAUAUGUACUAUAUAUUUUCUAAAUUAGAUCAUCCAAAGAUAACGAAUUGUAAUUAUCCUUUUUUUUAAUGGUGCAUCUAAAUUCGAAAUUUAACUUUACACUCUUCAUUGGCAACAAUAUUGAUGGAAACCUGGCGAUUUGAAAGUGCUAAAAGAUACAAGCAAGCUAUUGAGGCUAUUAUUGUAUAUAGGGAGUUCCACAAUAAUAAUUUCUUCAUAGUUUGGCAAAAUAAAUGUUGCUUGUAUCGUGUAUGUUUGAUUACUACAAUGACUUGUUGUAAUCGAUGCAUUUUAUGAUGAUGAAACUAUGUACUAUUAUUUGAAAUUAUAAUUACCAGUUCGACAUUGCUAGUA